AUGGAUUCAACAUCGUCUACCAACUUGCUGGACAAGCACAACAAGCUCAUCUUUGAGAUCCUCAGAAGCUAUCGUGAUCUUAUGAACUGCGCUACAAUCCAAGGAAUGGAUAGGGACAAUCAGAAAGACUUUGAAUCCCAAACGACAAAGCUCAACUACAGAGAUCCUGAAACAAUGGCAGCUGCUGAGAUAAGGACACAAAGAAAGUUUGACCAAUUGCAUGACAACAUCAAACAGCUUUUGGCUCUUUCGCGUACCAUCAAGGAACUCUGGGUAUUUGGACCUCUCGAUAGAGCCGACGGUCACCGCCAAGAGAAGGAAGUGCAGAUUGACCGCGACGUGCAAGAAGUAUCGCGUCUGCUAGCCAAUUUCGACACGAACGCCAUGCAACAGCUUGCAGAAAAAUAUGGAGGAUCUUAUGAGCCUCAGGCUGCUGCGUCAGCGUCAUCAGCUACAGCGACGACAACGCAACCGACGGAACCGGCGCCUUCGACUGGAAAUUAG